GGUUACCAAUCUAACUGGGAAGUAAUCCUGUGGAAAAAAACCAAAACACAAAAGAUUAAAAUGUUCAGCUGGAUCAAAGAAGGAAGCAGCAGGAAUGUGCAUGGUGUUAUCAGGAGAAGCAGGGAAUGUAGGAUCCCCAUCAGAAAUCUCCUUCUGCCAGAAGACACACAUGUGCAAGUGAAAUCAUGAUGGCUCAGGUUGUGACCAGAUGGUUGGUUUCGCUGUGCAGUGCCAGAGGUGAGAGUUUUCUUUUAUCAACAGUUACCUUGCACAUCAUCUAAUGCAAGUUCUCCACAUAAGGCUAUUUGACUUUCCAGUGCUUCUGCUUUUUUUCUUCUCCCUACAGAAGAACAUAAUUUUGCAUUAUCAAUGAACAUCAGACUAGACCUCAUGGGCAUGCAAUUUCCUGGGCUCAGGAAGGAGUCCAAAGCUCACCAGGUGGAGUUCUGAACACUGUCUCCAUGAUUUUGACCACAAGAUUACUACGAGACAAAAUGAUACAUAUCCUGAAGGGCUUCCAAUUGCUAUCAGUGGAAUUUUACAAGUGAUCAGCCAAAGUGAUCAGCAUCUUAUAGGAAGGAAUGCUGAAUGAAGUUUUGCCCCCUCCACAUGCUUUCUGUAAGAAUCAUACAAGCUAAGAACAUCAAGUCAAAAGACCUGUGGACAGGUCCACUUUCCUGCCAAAACCUUGCGGGGCAAUGUUAUUCACUGCUUGAUACCAGUCUGAAGUAUUUAGGCAUCUCGGGCUGCAGUAGACAUCUUCAGUCAAGUCCAGACUCCAGCUCUGAAAGACAUCACCCUGGAGAUUUCCUUUCACACCGUUGUCAAGCUUCACAAAUGACUGCAUCAGACUGCUAUGUGCGCUUGUGGCUGCCAUCUGCUUCAAAUGGAAAGCUUCAGACCAAAACCAUCAAGAAUUCUGACAACCCUGUCUGGAAUGAGACUUUCUACUUUAGGAUCCAGAGAGAAGUUGAGAACAUUUUAGAAUUGGCAGUGUGUGAUGAAGAUCCUCUCACCAAAGAUGACGUGCAGUUCACAGUUCUUUUUAAUGUUGCUAGAGUCAGACCUGGGGAGACAAUCCGCGAGACAUUUGCCUUGAAAUCAGAGACAGAGAAGUGCGCUAAGAAAUGGGAAAGUUUGGAAGUGGAAUUCUGGAUGGAAAAAAUCCCUGGCCCUCCAGAGCGCCUCAUUACCAAUGAUGUCCUAGUGUCCCGUGAGGUUUGCUGCUUGGAAGUGCAAGUGGACAUUAAUGAAAGCAGGAAAUAUUUGAAAGAGGGUAAAAAUCUCGUGCUUAGCGUGCCUGCCUCUCAUGAGAGAACACAGAAGACUGCAGAGGACACAGAUACUUUCUACUUCCAUUGCUUGAAGGCUUGGGAGCCAAUUCUAAAAGUCAGGCUGCAGAAAGUUUCUGAUAAGGAAGAUGACAACAGCAAUUUAAGUGACACCUUAACAGUACCACUGAAAUAUCUCCCUGUUGGACAUAGAGUGAAAGUAACUCUCCCUGUAAGACAUAAUGUGCCACUGCAUCUGUACCUCCAACUUAACGAUUGCACAGAAAAACUAGAUGUGCGCUUCGGGUAUGAUCUGUGCCAAGAAGAGCAACAGUUCUUGCAAAAAAGGAAGAGAGUGGUGGCCGGUGCCCUGAAAAGGGUUCUUCAUCUGAAAAGAGAUCUACAUGGACGCGAGGUCCCAGUAAUAGCUGUUAUGGCAACAGGCGGAGGUCUCAGAGCAAUGUCAGCAAUGUUCGGCCACCUCUUAGCUCUUCAGAAGCUAAAUCUGUUGGACUGUGUUACCUAUCUCACUGGGGCUUCUGGCUCAACAUGGACCCUAGCAGACCUGUAUGAGCAUGCUGACUGGUCACAGAAGUCUCUAGAGGAGCCACUUAAGGCAGUAAAAGAAAAAGUGACAAAAUGCAAACUCAAUCUUAUGUCUAUAGACCAUCUGAAGUAUUACCACAAGGAACUCACUGAAAGGGCAAAAGCAGGACAUGUGUCAUCUUUUACAACUCUGUGGUCGCUUGUUCAGGAAAUGUUCUUACAUGAACGGCCAAGAAAGUACAAACUCACAGACCAGCGCAGGGCAUUGGAGCAUGGACAAAACCCAUUGCCUUUCUAUGCAGUCCUCAAUGUGAAAGACGAGAAGUGUGGUACUUUCAAAUUUAGAGAGUGGGCAGAUUUCUCUCCUUAUGAGGUAGCCAUACCAAAAUAUGGAGUCUCCAUUCCUUCAGAAUAUUUUGACAGCAAGUUCUUCAUGGGAAGGCGAGUGAAGAAGCUGCCAGAGUCUCGGAUCUGCUAUCUGGAAGGUCUUUGGACAAACAUCUUUACCAGGAAUUUGCUGGAUGGCUUGUACUGGUCCUCAAAUUCAAAUGAGUUCUGGGAACGAUGGGCACAAGAUAUGGUAGAUAUAGAAAAACAUUCCCCUGAGGAUGAUAUCACUGUCAUCGAGCCUCCAUCCUGUUUGUCAGGGAAGUUGUAUGAAAUGUUUCAGGACAUUAUGACCAAGCGCCCACUACUGGGAAAGUCUCAUAACUUCCUGAGAGGCUUAGAAUUUCAUAAGGAUUAUAUACAUCAGAAAAAAUUUAUUGAAUGGAAAGACACUGUACUGGACGCUUUCCCUAACAAUCUGACACCGCUGCAGAAAUAUCUUUGUCUGAUAGAUGUUGGCUAUUUCAUCAACACCAGUGGUGCAGCACUUUUCAAGCCAGAGAGGAAUGUAGAUGUCAUUAUAUCCCUUGAUUAUGGUUUGGGGAGUGUGUUCAAGCAAUUAGAGAUGACGUACAAAUAUUGCAAGAUACAAAAUAUCCCGUUCCCCAAAGUGGAGUUAAGUGAAGAAGAAAAGAAGAACCCAAAGGAAUGUUAUGUCUUUUCGGAUGCCGAGGACCCCAGAGCACCCAUAGUAAUCCAUUUCCCCCUGGUGAAUGACACGUUUAAGGAAUUCAAGGAGCCAGGGGUAAAGCGUGGUCACUCCGAGAUGGAAGAAGGCAAAGUAAAUCUGGAGAACAGCUGCUCACCCUACUACCUCAUUAGGCUAAUCUACUCCUCUGAAAAUUUUGAUAAACUCGUGAACCUGAGCAAAUACAACAUCCUCAAUAACAAAGACAUGCUCCUCCAGGCAAUCCAGAGUGCUGUAGAACGGAAGAGAAGCAGCAGGACUGGGAAUGUCUCCAGCUACUCUGGAUACCCCUAGGCUGGGUUUUUGCACUGUUUCCUACUGAAGGCUAUGGCAGCACAUUGGAACACAUCACAGUCACAUUGUGACACAUCACAGUGUUCUUUAUUUGCAGAAAACUGAGGAAACCUGUACAUUUCUCAUCUUGCCUUGUUCAAGCUCCUAGCUUUCAAAAGGGUUUAUUUAAUCUUAUUCCCCCAUGUUUUCAGCCCACAAGAGCCUCACACUGUGGUCUUGUUAAGAAAUUAAGGUCCUGGUUAGCAGAGACCUCUCAGGAUCUCCCUGAUGUUAUAUGAUAUGGUGGUGCUAGAUAGUUUCUUGUAUGUGCCUGUCCUUUCAACCCUGAGCCCAUUAUUGAUGUCUUUUCAAUGCUUCAUUACAAACCAAGUCUUGGCCAUUUGCAUUCAGUAAUGUCCAGAUUUUCAGAUAGGCUGAGCAACUAGAAUUUGCACUGAAUUGGUGGGCUCAGCUUUGAAGUCAGGCCAAAGAAUCAUGCAUAUAUAUGUGAACAAUGUCCAAACUGCAACGUGGACAGUCACGUUCUGUCUGGCCAAUUCCCCUUGCUGAUUUAGAAGUUACUCCUUUUUUUUCUGCAAGAGUUUGACACAGAAACGCUGCUCCAAAUGCCACAAAAGGGGCAGUUACAUUUCAAGGAGAGAUGAUGUUAGCUGCAGUGAGUGUCAUAGAGUGUCAAGUGGCUUGAUGGUGUGGCAGGAGGACCUGGAGUUUCCCAUUACUUUCAUGUGCUCCUUGCUAACCUGCAUUUCCUCUCCUUUUACACUGAAAGAGUGGUUGUUCAUGCCUUAUUUUAGAUUCAGAUUCCAUUAAAAAUGAGUAACACUGCAGGACUUUUCUUAUUCCUGAUAACUUCAUCCAGAAAGAAUUGGCAAAUAGGGAAUUUUUGAUUAAUGUGUUGUAAAAAGGCAAGACUGUGGAGACUACAAAACACUGCAGGAAGUAUUUAGCAAACAUUACCUUUGGGUGCACAGACCACCGAAGCCUCUUAAAUCUAAUCUGUUGGUAUCUGCAAAUCCACUCGCAGGUGGCUGUAGUUCAAUCACAGCUUGCACCUCAUGCUCUGUUAGGUGCUCCCCACUCCUGUCUUGCAGAGUCAUUCCCCUUGAGCUGUCUGGCUUAAAGGUGCCUCUGCUCUUCCCUGAGGUAACUCAGAGUAGAUAUCACUUGUGUGGUAUGCUGAAUGACAGAGUUGUCGUACACAUAAAAGUAUACCAGAUGCAGUCCUGUUUAAUUGUAUUUAAAGAUUUUAUGAGAUUUAAUACAUAAUUUAAAAAGUUUCAAGGGACUCGAUUACCUUAAAACAAAUCCAUACAUUUCCAGAGGGCUGAGUUAAGAUAUAAUGAUCUGGUAUUCCUUGAGGCAAAUAUAAUUUUUCUCUUCCUGCUUCUAGUAGAGAUGGAAGCAGUUUUGUUUUAUUUCCACUUAGUUCUAGACUUAGGGUGGUGAUGGAGGCUUGUGUCCCUGCAGUCUCAUCUUCCUUAAAAUCUGGAAAAUUCUGCAGACUUCCUCUCCGCUUUGAUUUUGAAGGAUGGUGUUCUCCUAUCAACAACAAGCAUCACCAGAAAAUCAGGUACAAUCUAGAGUAGUUUAAAUCACUCUGUAUAUAUAAGAACUUGCUAGGCAUCUAGCUCAGCAGCAAAAGUCUGCCUGGUAGCAGGACUAGGAUCUCACAUCAUAGUCUGCAAGUUUUUUACAGUCUCCAAAUGCAACAGAAAGUGAUUUACACAAACCAAAUUUCUGAAUUUGGCUAUGGCUAUGUUUUCCAUGUCUGUGUCUCCCCUGAGCCUCCUUUUCUCCAGGUAAACAAUCCCAGCUCGCUCAGAGGCUCCUUGUAAGACUUUUUCCUCUAGACCUUUCACCAGCUUUGUUGUCCUUCUUUGGAUAUGCUCCAGCUUUCUUGAAGUGAGGGGCCUAGAACUGAACACAGGACUCAAGGUGUGACCUCACCACUGCCAAGUACAGUGGAUGAUCACAGCCCUAGUCCUGCUGGCCACACUAUUUCUGUGACAUUAGUGACAGAGGAGUAGGACUUUUUGACCUCAGGGCAGUCUCUCUUUGUAGGUGACUGCUACCUGAGCACAAACAGCGCUGACAUCUGUUCAGCUUUGUGGCACAGAACCCAUACCUCACGAGUGAGCUUUUGCUGGUCAGUCUUUCAGCAGAGUCCCUGUCUGUAAAGUCCCACAGUCUUUUCUGGGAGGUCUCUCUAUUUGGAGUGAAAGGCUGCACCAUCACUGUGGAAUGUGAUCUGUUACUGUUUCCUGCAAGGUCAAAAAUAUGCACAAAUAAAAACCUUCUGAAGUAGCAUUAGAGGCAGAGUUUGCCUUGUCUGAGUCCAUAACAAUUUUCUCUGUUCUUUGACUUCCUUUCCAGUAAGCCACUGCUUAGAGAAGUGUCCAGAAAGAGAUUUAGAUUCAGCAGAAAAGCUGUUGAUCAGGAUCCAAGGCAGCUCCUUAAUAAAAUACAAUCCUUGGGCGAGGUUUGGAAAUAACCUGAUGUUGGCCACAGUACAACUGGAAGGCUGCUUUGCAAGUCACCCUGGGCAUUCUCCUGCCAGGUCACUACAUCACAAGGUGGCAGGUGACCUGUGUACUGCUGUCUAACAGAGGCAAAAAGGACAGCUCAAAAUGCGCUGAACUAAGGACACUUUCUCAUUCUCUUUCUUUCAUCAUCACUUGCUAAAAACACAGCUCAUUCUUGAAGGAAGUGAGAAUGUACCUAUAUUAUUCUGUAGUGAUUGUAGCCAGUCCUCCAUCAGUGUCUGAGAAGGUGCUGCAAAGUAAUACUCUGCCCCAUCUCUCAACCUGUAAAUGAGGAUAGAAGGUGAAUUCUAGUUAGUUUCGCCUUAUACCUUCUGUCUGGGUGAGUGUAAGACGUAUCAGUUAUGCCUCUGAGCAACAUACAGUCUUAGGUGACUGUAGGCAAAUGUAACUGUACAGGUAGCUGUGUAGCUUUUCAUUUGCACACUUCUCCACAAGACUUACCGCAACAUGAAGCUGUUCUCUUUCCUGGUGUAAUUUGUUAGCUUCUCACAUUUGGAGCCUGCAAUACUGAGGGAGAGGAGUGUGGAUAUGUUCUGAAGGGGGAUAAAAUAAAAACAAAAUGUCUUCUGCAUCUGUUCUGCUAGGAUUCAAUUCCAUACCAACCUGCAGGCUAACUAGACACCCAUAUUUUUAUGCCACUAACUUUAUAACUAGGAUCACUGAAUAGAAAGAACUACAGAGGAACAAUGGAUGAUUGCAUUGUAUCUUGAAAGUGAAUCUUGCAUAAGAUACUUCUUUUAAGGAAUAUCCUUGAAAAUUUAUGAAAACUUAUUAUUCUGUUUUAUAGUUGGUAUCAGUUGAAUAAUUGCUGAAUUUUCAUUCAGCUGACAUUUGAAAGAGAACUGAUUACCCCUUACCCAAACCAAAGCAAGUGUUUUUAAAUGCAAUCUUUUAAAUGCACUUUUACAUAGGUAGACAGAGAGAUUGCUAGAAAGAGUCAAAAACUGAAUUACCUUA